GCCAUCGGGGAAUAACUUUGUUAUACGGAGAAACAACUUUCUCAUACUGGAAAAAAAUAUCUCCAGGAUGAUGUACCUAGGAUUUUUCCUCUGUUUGAUAGCAGGAGCUUACGCUCAAAGAUAUGUUUUACCUGCGGCCGGAAUCGCCAAAAUUGACGCAUGCCGAGGUUAUGACUUUGUUACAAACGCUGCUUUACCAAAUGGAACAACAUUUAUCGACCGUGCCUUCUAUAUCUGGGGCGGGAGAAGAAUGCCAUGUGCCCCAGGAACGUUGUUUUCCUUGAAGCGUACCUCUUGUGUCUGUGACGAACGUGACGGAUCUGCAGUUAUAACGAUCGCCGACAGAUGUAUUACAGUGACAGGCAAUCUGCAGACAGAUCAACAGUUUUCGGUUAAUCAGCGAAAUGCACUAUCUACUUACAAUGCAUGGGUCAACGGAUACAAUAACCCUGUGCCCACUGAGAACAGCUGCUUUGCCUCCAACCUUGAUGCGUUCAGGUGUCUGCCCUUGAUGCAAGGCUCAAGUCUCGGAAGAUCACAACUGAGGCUGAUCGUUGGUUUUAAUAUGCCAGCUGUGCAAGUCGGACGUCAGUACACUAUUGUUAAUAAUGGCGGUUGCCUCAGUGGUGCCGGAGCUACAAUUACACCAAGUUUUAUAGUCAACUAUGUUACUGGUAAUCCCGGGCAGCCUGGCGGUGUUCCCCACCAGAUGGAUGUUACCGUUCGGUUCUCACCCGCGAACAUCGUCGGAGCUGCCGAAUCCGUAGGUACCUACACCUGCCAAAUUCCGGCUUCCAUUACGUCGACCAAUGGCCAGAAUUUCGUUUGGGAUAGCAACGACAGCACGAACCAGUUCACUCUUACAGUGGACUUGACAGGAGGCGCCGCGUUUACCUUCAGUGUGAGCAACGGUGCCACUAGAGCAUCAACAGGCAUACCACUUGGAGGAUUCUGUGGCAAUGGGGUGUCUAAUUUCCCCCAAGGCGUCGGAAGACGUGGGUUCGUUAUUGCUUCCCGCGACUGCCCUCUCUGUUUCGGACAAGCCCCUGUGAAUUCUUUCAUGUGUAUGAACGCUGUUAACAUAGUAAGAGACUGCACAUAAAAUAAAUUCUGUCACGUCGGAGGAUCGGUAGCUUGGACUUAGGAAAGGGAUGGUUUCUACAGAGGCGGUAACAUGGCUGCAUCUACUCAUUGUCCCAUGUGGAGCAAACGCUCCAAUUUGUUUCUUGCAUGCAAAGUCCACUUAUGCACUUCAACUUAAUAUAUACUAUAGCAUGAUAUGACCUGGAGGAGAUCAUGCCAGUUGUACGUCUGUAAUUCACUGUUUCUUCCUAUAUAAAGAAAUCAAUAAAAUAAAUAUAAAUAUGUGUGUGUGUGUGUGUACGUAUACAUUCACGCUGGCGUAAACGCAUGAUAUGAAUGUUCGUAAUGCUUUACAAAUAUACAAAUAUACAAAUCUCAGGAGGUGAAUUUCGGCGUUAGUAAAGCUGUACAAAGUCAAUGUUAUUAAUUCAUCUAUAAUAGUACUGGAAUGAUUACCCAUAAUAUGGUUGUAACUCCGGCUCAGGAGACUACAAUGCAGCUAGAUUUCCCAGAACCAUUUUAUAUAUGUACUCCGUUCUUCAACAUUGUGUCCCCAGUAUAAUAAAUCUCAAGAUAUCCAACCUAA